UUGAUGUCAAGUGGGAUUUGGCAGAAGGGUGAAGAAGAAGAAGGUUUCUAUGGAUUUUUAAUUGAAGACAUCCAAAAGGAAAUAAACCGAGCUGCAAGACUGAAAUGUAAUAUCUGCAAGAAAAAAGGUGCUUCAAUUGGUUGUGUGGCAUCCAAAUGCAAACGAAGUUAUCACUUCCCUUGUGGAAUAGAAAGAAAAUGCAUUUUCCAGUUCAGGGAAAAUUUUCCGUCAUAUUGUUGGAAACAUCGACCUGUUCAAAAGCCUCCCUCAGACUCACAAGGAUCUUCGCAAUGUACAAUAUGUUUGGAGGUAGUAGAACAUUCACCAUCAUAUUCCAUUUUGACAACUCCAUGCUGUAAAAAUGCUUGGUUUCAUAGAGACUGUUUGCAACGUCAAGCUCUGAGUGCAGGAGUGUUUUUCUUUCGGUGUCCAGUAUGCAACAAUAAAGAGAAAUUUCAGAAUGAAAUGUUGAGAAUGGGUGUUCAUAUUCCAGAAAAAGAUGCCUCCUGGGAACUGGAAGAGAAUGCAUACCAGGAUCUUCUUCAGUGUUACCAGCACUGUGAUAUCAGAAGAUGCAUGUGUAAAAAUGGAAGAGACUACAAUAAGCCUGAUAGUAAAUGGGAAAUAAAACGCUGUCAAUGUUGUGGUUCCAGUGGAACCCAUUUGGCAUGUUCUUCAUUAGCAACAUGGGAGCAAAACUGGGAAUGCAUAGAAUGUAGAAGCAUCCUUGCCACGUCAAAUGGUAGCUGCCAGAAAUGGCGAAAACGUUCCUUGACAGUAUCAGAAAAAACAGACAUUGGAGACAGUUUGCUUGAAGAACCAUCACCAAAAUACACAAGACAGUCUCCUGGAUCCCAUCUUGGCUUCCUAGUCAGGUCUCCAAAGAGGAUGUGCCACAGUGGUUUGACUCAUUGUUCUCCGCUGGAUCUUCCCUCUCCUAACAUAUUGAUGUCCCCAACAUCUUUGAUCAGUCCUUCAGUGAGGAAUCUGUCACUAGGAAAAAUGCAACUUGGAAUGCAAAAAAGAGAAGCCUGCAAUCUUCUAAGGGAAUUGAGAUCACAGAUUAAUACCAAACCAAUCACGUUAAAUAUCAAUAAGCAAAAUAUCUGGGAUGGCGCCUUAAAGGGUUUUCGAAAGCGAAGCUUCAAUCCUGCCAAUACUAUCGAAGUAAAUUAUAUAAACUGCAGGGGUAAAGUAGAAAGGAAUAUCUGUGAUUCAUCAAAGGAAGAUUUUUUUCAGUCACUGAUGCUUCACCUUCAGAACUCAUCACUCUUUGAAGGCGGUUCUUCAAAGAACUUAUCUUUUGAUGCUCAAGCUCUUAAAGAUGACUUGUACUAUGAAGCUGGAAGAAUGAUCGCUGUUUCUCUGGUUCAUGGAGGCCCAUCUCCUGGCUUUUUCUCCAAAACCUUGUUUAAUUGUCUCGUUUAUGGCACAGAGAAUGUGAAACCAACAGUGGAAGAUGUUGCUGAUGUUGGUGUUUUACAGACAAUAAUGAAGAUAAAAUCUGCAAGGAAUGUGAAUGACUUAGAGUCAGCAAUAAGUGAUGGUAAUGAAUAUCUCAGCACUAUUGGAUGUGUGAACCAUAUAACAACUCUGUGUGAUAAGGAUAUGUUGGUGAAUGAGAUUCUGGAUUACCAUGUCAUCAAGAGAACACUUGCCCCUUUUGAAAGUUUUAGGCAAGGUUUGAGAACUCUUGGUGUUUGGGAAAAAAUGCAGAUGAAUCCUGAUGCAUUUUGUAGCAUAUUGUGUCACAAACCUGAGAAACUGUCCGCAAAACUUCUUGGUGACCUCUUUACAAUCCACUGCUUACCAGGUGCAUACAAAGCCAGAAGUCUUGAAUUCUGGAUGGGUUAUUUACAAGAGGCAGAAGAUGGUGAAUCAGCAGUAACUCUUGAAGACUUAUUGGUGUUUGCAACUGGCACCUGCAGUAUUCCAGCCAUUGGGUUUGAACCUGAGCCCACAGUUACAUUCAUGGAGAUAAAAUACCCUGUUGGAAACAGACAUCUUAACUGUUUAGAGCUUCCAGUAACAAAGUCUUAUGAGAAGUUCAAAAGAAUCCUGGAUUUCACCAUCAGAAGUACUGUAAGAUUAGAAACAACCAGGAAGAAUAGAGCAGCUCGUUUAAAAGUUUUCCUCCUGGAAAAAGCCCUCCAACCGAUGGCUGACCCACCGGUUUCAUCGUCAAUGACUCUGUCUUCCGUUACCGACACAUCGGUGCCGAAAAAGUCAACAUCGAAGACUAAAUCUGUUUCCGAUACCGACCGCUCGAAAUCGAAAUCCAAGGUACCGAACGUUCCUUCCACAGCAUCUACUCCUGCUAAAAAGGCUAAGAGGUCGAAGACCGCGGUGGCGUCACAGACGGUUGUCAAAUCGUCGAAGCAGGCUAGAAAGGAUUCGGGUUCUGUAUCGACAGCUCUCGCCCUACCACCUCCGCCACCACCGCCUAAUUCGAUACCGACUGAUUCGAUGCCGACUGAUUCGAUACCGGAGAAUCAGGUCGUGUCACAGGCAACGGUACUUGUGCUUGAUUCCCCAGACCACCAGGUGGGGAUGUCCUUGUCCUAUGUCGACCACACGGAUCUCGUAAGUCACCAAUUGGGUGCGGAGUUUUCCCCUGGUCCAAUGAGCUCGUCGACUUCAAUCGUCUCAGAGUUGCCCGACACCAACGGCUGUCGGCAUCGACACUUGAGAUCUAGUGUGGAGCAUCGUCCUCCCUGUUUACUGCCUGAGUCUGUCGUUAUCGACGCCUUUGAUUGUAGAAGAGGCACAUAUGCUCUUCCUUCAAAUUUCUCCCCGCGACGUCCGAGGUCGAGGAGUCGUUCCCCGAGAUCGUAUAUGCCACCUCCGAUGUCGUGGGAUGAGAGGCAACUCCGUUACCUGCAUGGUCCUUACCAUCCACCUAUGCCUUGGCUCAACCCUGCGGGUUACACUGACUGGGACAGAUACUCCUGUCGAUCUUCCCACAGGUCCCGUUCUCCGAGGCGAUCUAGACCAUCUGCUACGGUCUCUCGUCCUCCCCAACCGGACAAUGUUCCACCGUCGGGAACAUCUACCGUCCAACCCCUUCCUACUCCUAGAAAACAUCUGGAGCACACACCGGCUGCACCAGUCCAGCCGCCUGCACCAGCCCCUCAUCAACCUCCUUUACCUGCCCCGGCAGAUGAACCUGAUUCUUCAGAGCCCUCUGAGUCUGAUUCCGAUACCGAACCUUCCAAGGCCCCAACGUCGCCAGACAACUCGUCUCCCAAUACCAAAGUUUUCCAAAAUCUUCCAAUGUCCCCGUUGGAUAACUUGUCUACAUACACCAACCUCAUGAAAAGAAUGGCCCAUGCGUUGGGAUUGUCAAUUGUUCAGAAGGAUCCACAAUCUACAGAUUCCUUAUAUGAUAUUGUCCAACUGGACACGUCCUCAGUCGUCGAACUCCCCAUUUCAUCUGUCUUACUACAAGCCGCAAAAACCCCUUGGCAAAAACCGUCGUCCGCCCCCGUCUCUACUAAGAAAUUAGACCAUAUGUAUCGCAUACAGCAACCUGAGGCAGAAUUUCUACUUUCCCACCCACAACCUAACUCAUUAGUUGUCACCUCAUCGUCAAAGUCGAAAAAGUCGCAUUCAACGCCUGCUGACAGACAGCAACCUGAGGCAGAAUUUCUACUUUCCCACCCACAACCUAACUCAUUAGUUGUCACCUCAUCGUCAAAGUCGAAAAAGUCGCAUUCAACGCCUGCUGACGGAAGGUAA